AUGGAACCAGAAACAUCUUUGAGCCUCGCUUUCAUUCUCACUCUCUUACUUGUGAACUUCGCUCUCGGAGUUCUGGGUGCUGAUAAGUAUAGCAGAGAUGACUUCCCACUUGAUUUUGUUUUUGGUUCAGGCACCUCUGCUUAUCAGGUGGAAGGAGCUACUGACAUAGAUGGAAGAACUCCUAGCAUCUGGGAUACCUUUGCCCAUGCUGGGUAUGCGCAUGGAGAUAAUGGAGAUGUAGCCUGUGAUGGGUACAACAAAUAUAAGGAAGAUGUUCGACUCAUGGUGGAAACAGGUCUUGAUGCCUAUAGAUUUUCCAUUUCUUGGUCGAGACUUAUACCAAAUGGUAGAGGACCCGUCAACCCCAAGGGAUUGGAGUACUACAACAAUCUCAUCAAUGAACUCAUUAGCAAAGGAAUCCAACCACAUGUCACACUACACAACUUUGAUCUUCCACAGGCACUUGAGGAUGAAUAUGGAGGAUGGGUUAGUCGUGAUAUCAUAAGAGACUUCACAAACUAUGCGGAUGUGUGUUUUAGAGAGUUUGGUGACAGAGUCAAGUAUUGGACUUCUGUGAACGAGCCCAAUGCCUUCGCCCCAGGUGGUUAUGAUCAGGGAUUUACCCCACCUCAUCGAUGUUCUCCCCCAUUUUGCACUACAAAGAGCACUAGGGGCAACUCAACAUCUGAACCCUACUUGGCUGUUCAUCAUAUUUUGUUAUCGCAUUCUUCAGCUGUGACAUUGUACAGAAGAAAAUAUAGGGCCGAACAACAUGGAUUUGUUGGUAUCUCUGUCUAUACAUUCGGGUUUCUUCCUCUGACAAAUACAGAGAAAGACAGGGAAGCAACUCAAAGAGUCCGCGAUUUUGUAGUUGGUUGGAUUAUGGAGCCCUUAUUCCACGGAGACUAUCCCAAUUCCAUGAAGGCUAAUGCAGGUGCAAGGAUUCCAGCAUUCACAAAUCGUGAAUCCAAACAAGUUAAGGGUUCAUAUGACUUCAUAGGUGUCAUUCACUACAACAAUGUUAAUGUCACAGACAAUACUGACGCCCUGAAGACAAAAUUGAGAGAUUACUCGGCAGACAUGGCAGCACGGAUACUCUUUGGACAGGAUCUAAUUUCAGAUGAAGAGUACCCUGUCACACCAUGGAGCUUAGUGGAAGAGUUGGAUAGAUUCAAGCUCCAUUAUGGCAAUCCUCCUAUAUUCAUUUAUGAAAAUGGUCAAAGGACAGCAAGCAAUUCGUCGCUGCAAGACGUGUCAAGGGUGAAAUACUUGCAUGGAUACAUUGGUGGCGUGCUUGAUGCCUUGAGAAAUGGAUCAAAUAUAAGGGGCUAUUUUGAAUGGUCUUUCCUGGAUUUAUUCGAGUUGCUGGACGGAUACGGAACGAGCUUCGGCAUAUACUAUGUUGAUCGGAAUGAUCCAGAAUUGAGGAGAUAUCCAAAGCUCUCUGCAAAAUGGUACAGCCGAUUUUUGAGAGGGGGAAGCACCUCUAUAGUUGGAGCUAUUGAACUCGAGAAGGAUACAUCACUUGUUUCUGUUGGCCAUUUAUUUCACUAGGCUCUAUAAUUUGCUUACAUUAUAGUAUUGUUACAUAAUCAUAAUGAUGUUUAAGCUAUGCUUAACUUUCCCAUCAAUAUUGAAUAAGUAGAU